AUUUUUUUUCCAGGGAACUUUGCAAACGUGAUGGAGGAAGUUGAAAAUGUCAGCGAGCACAGGGUAAUGUAGGUUUCUCGAUUAAAGUAAAUCAACAAGGUAAAAGCAAAUUCAAAUUGAGAGAUUGCUCCAAUUCUGUUUCACUAAAGGGACAGCACCUUCAUUGCACACACUAUGUAUGCGUUGCUUAGGUGCAGAUUACAUUAAGUUAAGAUCUUUCCUGCAAUAAUCAAGGGAGGGUUUAGUUCAACUAAUCUACAUAGAUCUUUGUUUGUUGGUAACAUACUAAGACUUGUUUUGCCUCAUGAUGUUUUCUCCUUCGUUUACACGAGUUAUUAAAUGCAGCGAGAAGUUACAAGGCUCGACAGGAAAGUGGUUGCUUGCCCUCCAUGGGAAAGUGUUUCUAAGGACUUGGCGGUGUUUUAUGUGGGGGCAGGAAUUUUCCCACAUAGAAUCUGUGUUGCGUCCUCGUAUGCUUUUCCAAGGUGCAAAACAAAAUAUCUGGACCCAGGAAGGAUCCCUCAGAGCUGGGAAUAACAGCAAACAAGUGUCUGUGCAAAGAAGUCACAAAGGAGGCGCACCCGUGUCGGCUGCUCAGAAAGUAAAAGAAGCUGGCAGGGAUUUUACCUAUUUCAUAGUGGUGCUCGUUGGGAUUGGCAUUACAGGUGGCUUGUUUUAUGUGAUUUUUAAAGAACUAUUUUCUUCUUCCAGUCCCAGUAAGAUAUAUGGUAACGCCUUAGAAAAAUGCAGAUCUCACCCUGAGGUAAUAGGUGUUUUUGGUGAACCCAUUAAAGGUUAUGGUGAGUCAACUCGACGAGGAAGACGACAGCUUGUCAGUCACAUUCAAUAUGUAAAAGAUGGAUUGAAAUACAUGCGCUUAAAGUUUUACAUUGAAGGCUCAGAAAAGGGAAAACAAGGGACAGUCCACGUGGAAGUUAAAGAGAAUCCUGAAAGUGGAAGAUAUGAGUACCGUUACAUAUUUGUGGACAUUGAUACCUACCCUAGAAGAACCAUUGUAAUUGAAGAUAAUAGAUAGCGAAAGAACCAAGUGAUGGUGACAGUUCUUGAGUGGUGGUGAAUGAUACCCAAUCAGUGUAGAAAUGAAUGGGGAUUUCACAGGUGAAUCUGGGGCUAGUAGCAUGUUGGUUAUCAUCAUUGUAUUUAUAAUGGAAGUGUAGCAGGAUUUGAUGUGAACCAAAUUCUGAAGUAGUGUCAUUUAUGGCAAAAGAAAAAUCAUGAUAUGAAAGAAUUGUUAUGCAGUGAAUGUAAUGCUGGAUAGUAUUUCUGCACCAGACCUCCACCCCCACCACUAUUGUCUUCCACCAUUUCACAAAAACACUUCAGAUAAAAAUGACGUGCAAAAUGUGGAAAA